GGGACUCCCGAGGGGACGAAGUCCCUUCCCCGGGCCACGGGAGCCGGCACCCCUGGGGACCCACCGGCUGUCCCCGCGGGGGCGAAGGACGCCUGGAGCCCCCUACGAAGGCCCCGGCCCCCCGGCCCUCAUCCCCCGUCCCGGGCUGGCCCCCGGCCGCAGAGGAUCCUGUCUCCGGGGCUGGGGGCAACCGGGCUGCCCAGUGUCCCCCGGCUGAGCCAGCCCUGAGCCGGUGGGGCGGCCGUGGGGUGUCGAGGAGCCCCGGGGGGGCUUCGGCACCCUGCAGCUCCCGGGCCCCAUGGCGGCCAAGUGGUUCAAGGAGUUCCCAUCCAACCUGAAGACGGUUUCGGAGAGGGCUCGGCCUGGCAGCGGGAGCCUCGGGAAGAGCCGCAAAAAUUCAACUGCUGAGCUUGGGGGCUGCCGGGCGCCAGGGGGUGGCAAGGAAGGGGGCAGCCGGCUGUCACGGGACAACCUGCAGGGUCUGCUCCAGGCCGCCACUGGGAAGAUGCGGAAGAAUUCUCGAGCGGAGGGAGGCAUGCCGGAGGGACCCCCCAAAACCUGCGGUGCCUACAUCAACCGCCUCAUCAAGGUGGAGGCUCCCGAGAAGAAUGGGAAGGGAUACCCUGGCCCCCUGCCGGCUGGCCUGCCUGCCCCCGAGCAGGACAAGGGAAAGACCCCCAAGACAGAGACGGUCAUCAUCCUGGAGGACUAUGCUGACCCCUACGAUGCCAAGCGCACCAAGGGGCAACGGGACGCCGAGCGCCUGGGGGAGAAUGACGGGUACAUGGAGCCCUACGAUGCCCAGCAGAUGAUCACAGAAAUCCGUCGUCGGGGCUCCAAGGACCCCCUGGUCAAAACUAUCCUGCUGCUGGACGGUCCUGGCGAGUCGGGGGAGGGGGGUGCCAAACUGGAGCCGGCCAAGUGGCUGGGGGGCAAGGAGGUGGCAGGGAAGGGGUCACAGCUCUACGACACCCCCUAUGAGCCUGGGGAGGGGGUGGUUGGGGGGACCCCAGAGCGCAGGGUGAGGGCCAGUGACGGGCGCCUGCCCGAGAACGACGAGCGCCCAGCGGGAGAGUACGAGCAGCCCUGGGAGUGGAAGAAGGAGCAGAUUGUCAAAGCAUUGUCAGUCCAGUUUGAGGGCUCGGAACGUCCCAAAGAGGAGACGCUGCGGCAGCACCUACGCCAGAAGAGCUGGACCCCCAAGAUGCUGAAGCCGGCGGGGGCUGAGCACAGUGAGGGGGAGCGGGUGGACCCUGCCCUGGCACUGGAAAAACAGCCAUGGUACCACGGGGCCAUCACGCGGGCUGAGGCAGAGAGCCGGCUGCAGACGUGCCGGGAGGCGGGGUACCUGGUGCGGACCAGUGAGACCGGCAGCGGCAAGUACUCCAUCGCGCUGAAGACCAGCCAGGGCUGCGUCCACAUCAUUGUAGCCCAGACCAAGGACAACAAGUACACGCUCAGCCAGGCCAGCGGCGUCUUCACCAGCAUCCCUGAGGUCGUGCACUACUACUCCACUGAGAAGCUGCCCUUCAAGGGGGCCGAGCACAUGGCCCUGUUGCACCCUGUCCACUGCAAGCUGCAUUAGUGCCCGCUGAUGCCCCCCCUAGACUGAUCUGUGACCUCCACUCCUGUCAUAUGGGGCAGGUCUGCCCACGGAGAUGGCCACAUGCCACGGGGAGGGUCCAGAGGGAAUGCCACUGUCAAGUGAUGACCUUGAUCCUGGACUCCAGCAGGGCUGUUGGGAUUUUGCCAGGACAAAUCCUGACCACCCUGUGCCAGAACUGACAGGCCACGGGGCUGCCCAGGGUGGGGGAACACAGCGAGACUGGGAUGUGUAACGAUAUAGUAAAAUAAAUUUGUUGGCUGAGAAGGGCCAGCAGUCCCAGAUGGCUGGGAUGGGGCUUGUG